AUGUGGACGCUGGCGCACGUCCAGUGGGCCUGCAUCAGGGCAAUCGCCCACACCUCGCUCUACGUCAGGAGCUCACCCUGGCUUUCUCCUAUGACACAGCCAGACCGUAUCGAGAACUACCCUUGUCGGCCGAAUCUUUAUGCUUGCCGUAUCUUCACACCAAAGGACCCCCAGGGGAAGAAGACUCUGCCCCUCGUGAUCCGAGCUCACGGUGGCGGCUUUAUCAUCAAUUAUCCUGCAGCAGACGACGUCUUGGCGCGACGUCUGGCUGACCAGGCAAAUUGUAUCGUCGUCAGCAUAGACUAUAGUAAAGCUCCUCAGAACAAGUUUCCCGCUGCCUACGAGGAUGUCAUCGCUCAAUCGCUUGCCGUGAUCGAUGAUCUAGAAUUGCCUACCGAUAAGUCAAAAGUCGUACUUUGCGGCAGUUCAGCUGGAGGCAACCUUCUUCUCGGCGCGGCGCAAGAUUCGCGGCUCUGGCCCAAGAUCUUGGGCGUUGUGUCGAUAUAUCCUGCCGUUGAAUUUGAACCUAACAGCGAUACGAAGAUGGCAACUCGUCCAGAUCCUUCAGUCCCAGAUUUUAUAGGGAAGAGCUGGGAUACAAUCCAAAAUCUAUACGUCGACGAAGCCCAGAAACCAUCCAUGGAGGAUGUGCGCGUGAGCCCAACGUUCUUCGCUACGAGGGAAAGCUUGCCAUCGGAAGUUUUACUCAUUGGAGCUGAGCAUGACAUGUUCUGCCGCGAGCUCGAAGUCAUGGCCGACAAGCUUGCGGGUGACAAGGCUAAGGUUCUGAGCAAAGAAGGCUGGAGAGCGCCGGGAGUGCAAUACUAUAAGGUGUAUGGUCAACCACAUGCAUUCGAAGGCUUUCCCGUCAAGGAUACCGAAGCAGAGAAGGCGAGAGUAGCUGCAACAGAUGCCAUGCUCAACAGCAUAUCAGAGUGGCUGAUAAACACCUUCUCCAAAGCCAACAGCCACUAG